AUGGGACACCUCAAGGGUAAGGAACUUAUCAAGAAGUCACGCCAGGAACUCCUCGACGAGCUUGCUGGUCUUGAGAAGAAGCUUUUCGAGCUUAAGGGCCAAAAGGCUGCUUCUGCUGCUGCCACAAAGCUCACAGAAAUCAAGAACACACGCCGCAAUGUUGCUCGUGUAAAGUCUAUCCUUAUGGUUACACAGCGCAAGGCUCUUGAAGAGAAGUAUGCUAAGGCUAAGUUAGUUCCAAUCGAUCUCCGCAAGCAUCAGGAGAAGUCCCUCCGCAACAAGCUUGCUCCAAAGUAUGCUAACAAGCUCACAGCUCAGGAGUCUCGCCGCCAUAAGUGCCUCUUCGAGCGUAAGUUUGCUCUUAAGGCUCAGUAA